GACCAGGGGUAAGCUUACCUUGUUAAAGGUCGAAGGCUUGUCCUCGUACUACAGUCAUCCUAAAUAUAAACCAUCAUAAUGAAGAACGUCUGAAUGGGGCAUGAUACAAAGUGCGCGCCAGUGUCAAAUUUAUGCUCCGACGCGACGAGUCAAUUCAUUUCUGUAACCCUGCGAUGUUGAUCGGAUCGGAUCGAUCAGUGUCUGAUACCACCAGCAUCCUCUGAUCAGACAAGAUGCUGACAGUGACACUGAUUAGACACGGAGAGUCCACACACAAUGUGCAAGCUCUCUGGUCGGGCUGCACAGAAUGUCCUCUCACGGAAAGAGGGGCACAGCAAGCACGCGCCGUAGGCGCCUACUUUGCAAACACACAAUUCACCAAGAUUUACGGGUCUCCUCUACCCCGCGCACGAGACACAGCCCAAGCAGUACUCGAGGCACAGCCCUUACCCAAGCCGCCUCACGAUUUCUCCAUCGCGCUUAUCAAAGAACGAAGCUUUGGCGCUGCUGAAGGACAUCGUACAUGCAUACGAGAGCCAGGCAAGACCCUCGAAGCUCAUUUCGAAGAAGAAAAGUACCCGAUCUUGUACGAGAGCGAGAGAGAGAUAGCGUUUCCUGGUGGAGAGUCAGCGGCGGACCUGACGAGGAGGGGUGAGCGGGCGGUGAGGGAGGUGGUGCUUCCACAUGUGGUGAGCGUCGCGAGGACGGGGAAGGAUGAGCAUGUUGCGCUUGUAAGUCAUGGGUUGUGUAUUGCGGAAAUUGUGGGUGCGAUUGUGCGGUUGGGAGGGGGGACGUGGAAGCGGAAGGGACCUAUGGUUAAUACGGCGUGGGUGAGGGUAGAGGUGCGGGCUCAAGGCGGGGGACCGAUGGAAGUUGCGAACGGCGAGGUUCCUCCUGUAGAAGUAACGGUAACGAACGAGGGCAGGGCGGAUCACCUUGAGGGCCUCCUCGAUGGAGGCCCACUUGAUGGCAUGAAAGCGAUUCAGGGUGGAGGGGUGGUGGAUGUAAGGAACCCGAACGAGGCAGAAGCUAUUGCGCAGACGUCUGGUGGGAAGUCGGUAUAGAUGUCGGAGAGCUUGGGAGAGAGCUUAUAAUUAGACAUACAUUUCGGAUACCACGAGAAUCUGACUCCAGAGAUCCCCGCAGGCUAUUACCAGCUGAGAGCUCUAUGAUUACGGGAAGAAAUCAGUUCUGCUGAACGAAAACGCAAAAUAGAAACGCCCGAAGC